CUGUCGAUGGUUGCCGCCGAAGGACUGGAAAGUGUACGAAUAUUUAUGCUUCCAGCUCUCUGAAAAAUGCACUAUUUUAAGCUCAUUUUACUAAAGCAAUCCUCCUAAUCUUAUUGGAAACUAUUUUAUUAUUGCAAACAGACUGAACAGCAGAUAAAAACAACUGAUGUAUUUUCGCCAUGGUCUUGAAAAUGCCAUGUUGUCGCGUAACAAGCAGCACUAGUUGUCAAUUUAGAUCCCUCUGUCCAUCAUCUUGGCAUUAAUUUUGAAUCCAAAAAGAAGCUGGAUUUCAUGAUAUCGUCUUCCCGACAAAAAUUCUACCUAACUUUUCAAAUAUUUUAAACAAAAUUGCACCGACCAUUUGCACUUGUGAUAUUUGUAAGCAAUACACUUGCAAUAUUGGUUGUUUGAUUAGAGGUCUCGUCCAAAUCAACACAAGAGAAGCUUCUAGUUUUGAUUCAUCUACCUCAAGUAUGUCUUCCUAAAUCAACGAUUAUGAACCAACAACAUCUACGCUUGUAUUUAUACCAAACAACAGUCCAAAGUCCAGGUAACUUUAGCUCAGACGCUUUUGUCUUAGAAAACAACAAAUACUAUUAUUUUACUAAACACAUGUCUCAUGAGAGUUUCAUGCUCGCACCAAAAAUACAAAACUUGAAAGAAGCUGUAGCUUUAGCCUUAUCUCUGUUAUUAUCUUCUCUUAUUUGGGUUUUCCUUGACAUUGAGUAUAAAUACAUGUAAUGGUUUCAUUUUUUUGCUAUCUUAAUUGUAUUUUAUUGUAGUGAUUUAUCGUUUUUAUAGUAAAAUGUUAAUUGUCGAGAUUUUGUAUUGUAAUCUUCAAUGAGUUACGUUCAUGGUUUGAUCAUUUUCCAGUUUGCAGCCAGCCCCUGGGAAUGAAGACAAGAAUUAUUGCAAAUGAUCAAAUAACAGCAUCAUCCUCCAUCCCAAACUACGAACCACGCAGAAGCUAUCAUGCUCGCCUUGACAACACAGAUUGUUGGUGUGCUGAUUACAGCCAAACACGAAAUGGACAGUGGGUGAAAGUGGAUUUGAAGCAUACAUUUAGCAUAACAGGUAUCACUAUCCAAGGAGACAAAUCAGGUCCAUCAAAUUACAUAAAAGAGUUCAAUCUCAGGUACAGUGUUGAUCUGUUGAACUAUGUGUAUGUGACAACAACCACAUACAAUGAUGCAAUGAAAUUUACAGGAGCUACUGGUCCUAACCAGAAAAUAGAUGUGAUGUUUCCUAAUCGACCCUUUUCUGCACGAUAUCUCGAAUUUAGACCUACAGACUCUAAUGGCGCUUUUUUGUGUGCUAGAUUCGAACUCUAUGGAUGCCUCUAUGUCUGUGGACAGGGCCUUGGCAUCGAGCAUGGCAGUGCGCUUCCUUCAGGCUUUGCAAUGGCAUCAUCAUCUCAAUCCUCUGGACAAGAAGCGGUAUCAGGUCGUUUAAACAAUCCAACAUCCGUUUGGUGUGCCUCAGGAACCACUAACCAGUUUCUGCAAGUAGAUUUUGGGAAAAUCGUGACUGUCAGUGGAAUUGCAACUCAAGGUAACCCAAGCUCUGCAUCUUGGGUGAAAGAUUUUUAUAUUGACUAUGGAACAACACUCAGCUCUCUUGUCACCUACCAAGAAAAUACUGGGAAUAAGCUUUUCAUUGGAAACUCUGAUCAGAACACGAUUGUUGUGAACUGGUUCCGUGUGCGGCUGCAAACGAGAUACGUGAAAAUAAAACCAAACACGUACAAUUCAAGUGUCUGUAUGCGAAUUGAGAUUCUUGGCUGCAACUUAGAUUCUGUGUAUGAAUUCGGUGCUGAAAACAGAGCUUUGCCAGACAACAGAUUCUCCGCUUAUGCAACUACAGAUUUUCUUAGAAAUGGUAGAUACCAACCAAAGGAUGGUCGCUUAAACAAUGACAGACCAUGGGGAUGCAGCAAAAAUGAAAAAUCGUUUCUUUGGUUCAAAGUUGAUUUAGGCCGAGAUAUGCUGGUAACUGCAAUUGCUACACAGGGUGACAGAACGUACGGCAAAAACUAUUUCCCUGACUUCAAAUUGCAGUAUACUCGGGGUUCAAGAAAUAUCACGAUCAAAGAAGAAUCUAGCUCAAAUGAGAAAGUUUUCAUUGGAAACACAAACAAUGCUGGUGUCAAGUUCAACCUGUUUGAGAAGCCAGUAUCAGCAAGAUACAUUCAAUUCAUUAAAAACAGCCCUGCAUUAUGGGAUAAUACGUUGACUCUUGAGGUUUACGGCCGACCUCCAAGUGAGUAUUCAAUCUUUAGCAUUCUACGCACAGUUAUUUAUGUUGAAUAUGAGUGUUGAUUUGUGCAUAAAAGUUAUUUGAAAAUGCAACAGAACAUGUUCAGCUUGGGCUACAGUUGAGUUUUGGCGAAUUGUUGGG